AUGUCCAUUUGCAAGGAAGGUUACAUGGUCCCAAUGACUAAAUGUGAACCAGGUCCGCAAAACAAGCUUUUAAGUCGGGUGAUAUUUCAAGAUGGAAGAUUGGUUCCAAGACCGACCCCGAUGAAUGCACUCUUGAUUUUCUUAUGGUUGCCAAUCGGUUUCAUCCUAGCCCUUCUGAAGAUCUAUCUCGGCAUUUUUUCACCAAAAAGAAUUCUUUUGCACACGUCUAAGAUCCUCGGUAUGAAAGUAAUCGUAAAGGGAAACCCUCCAUCCGCUCCGGGAAAAGGCCAAAAUGGUGUUCUUUUUGUUUGCAGUCAUAGGACCAUGUUGGACGGAGUGCUGAUUGCUAUCGCCUUAGGGAGGAAAAUCAGUUGCGUCACAUAUAGUUUAAGCAAAUUCUCAGAGUUGAUAUCUCCUAUUAAAUGCGUAGCCCUGACAAGAGAAAGAGAGAAAGAUGCUGAACAUAUCAAACGCUUGCUCGAAGAACGGGACUUAGUGAUUUGUCCGGAGGGAACAACUUGUAGAGAACCGUUUCUUCUUAGAUUUAGUGCAUUGUUUGCUGAGCUCACAGAUAGGAUUCUUCCAGUUGCAAUUAAAGCGAAGCGAAGUGUAUUUUUCGGUACAUCUGCUCGCGGAUUUAAGCUUAUGGAUCCAUAUUUCGAAUUCAUGAACCCUAUGCAAACAUACGAGAUUACCUUCUUACAUCAGUUGCCUACUGAGCUGACUUGUAAAGGUGGGAAGUCUCCUAUUGAAGUUGCAAACUACAUUCAGAGGGUUUUAGCAGGAACGCUUGAGUUCGAAUGCACCAGCUUGACUAGGAAAGAUAAGUAUAAGAUGCUCGCCGGAACAGAUGGCACUGUGCGGUCUUAGAAAGAGAAAAGUUAACUAGACCGCUUACACGGUGGUGACCAGCGGAA